CAUUCCUGGUGCUCGGCGUUGCUAUCAUCACAACAGCUCUCCUGGCUGGAAAAUUCUAUUAUGCGCAUAAAGGAGAUUUAUGGUCAAUGUAUUUUCUUUCCAUAUAUCUUGGAAUCCUUUUAUCUCGGGUGAUUCAAUAAAAGAGAUGGCUUCCGGAUUUUUUUUUUUUUUUGGUUUUGUUUUUGGGUACGGCGUUGGGUUUUUGUUUGGUUUGGUUUUGGUAUUUAACCUGAUCCUAUGGCUCUGUGCACAGAGUGGCUGAAAUCUAAGUUGGAGGGGAAAAAAGCAAUUGCUUUAAAAAAAAAAAAAAGAAAAAACAACAACAACAACAACAAAAACCACCCUGAAAGCUUCUUAAAUGUAUCAUGUUAUGAAAAAGAUAAUCUGACAGGGCAUACCUAUGCUGAAUUUUUCCUCACCCCCCCCUGAAAAUACAAUAAAGAAACCCCAGAAAAUGAAUAUAAUUCUGUUUAUUUGGAAAGGUACUUUUGAAUCACUAAAUCAGUGCAUUAGCCAUUCUGUAAAUCCCUCCCUCUCUUUUAAAGCAUUUCUGUCUUUCUUGCGAUAUUUGAGUAUUUAUCAACGUGAUCUUUAUUGUCCAGUUUUUCCUAAAGCUGUUCAGUAAAAAAAAAAAAAAAUAAAAAAGAAUGAGGAAAACAAGCUGAGAUGCCCAAAGUUGGAAUGUGUUGCUGGGAUUCAGAGCACUGGGCUUUGCUCAAAGUAUGCCUUUUGUGUGUGUACAUGCUAGGGCUCUGUGAAAGUGGUGGGCUUUUCGAAAAUCACUUAACCUCCAUUGUUGAUGCUUCUCAUCUCUACCUUGGCUGGAUGUAACAAAGCAGGCACGGGCUGCUGUUCUUUAAAAAAAUAAAUCUGUUAUGCUUAGUUUUUUGGAAUAUUGAGGAAAACAUUAUGUUUAUUUGUAGCCCUUUGUUUGCAAAUUCUCUGCAGCCCAAAUGUUCAGAAAUCAUGUUUUAAUCGAUGAGCUUGAGAAAAUACAGAAGGUGUAAAAGGAUUUGUCUUGCAGAAGGCAUUGCUAACAUGUUUUCCAAGCCAUUACAUUACUUUUAUUUUGGUGCAAGUUUAAGUAAUGCCAUGCAGCAAUGAACUGUGCUGCAAAUGGAACUGGUCUCCUCUUUCACUGUCUUGUAUUUAUCCUCUUGUGCUUGAGAAAGGGAAUAAAACUGGCUUCAUUAGCUUGCUAAUUAAACACAAUGAAGUGCGUGGCCCAAGGUUAAUGGCAAUGGCCUUUAAAAACACAAAACUCUUGAACAGGUGUUUAGGAUAUAUAUUUUUUUUUUCAAUCUGCUAUCAAAUCUAGAUAAUUAUACUGCUGAGAAAGCCACUGUCAGAGUUCUGUGGAGAAGAAAAUGCUGUGUUAGAGAUGCCAGUGAUCAGUGCAUUAUUUUUAGUGACAUUAUUUAUAAACACCUCUCCAGGUCCUGCACAACCUGUGGUUUAGCUCCCCCCUUCUCCCCCCUCUCCAUUUCCAAGCAUCUCCUGCAUCCUCCCUUUGGCUGCCGCGGAGCAAGCAGCAUUAAAAAUCCUGGAUCCCUGGACCGGAGUGAGGGUCUAACCCGAGCUGGGGAGUUAACUGAAGUAUUUACAGGCUGAAAUUUCUGCCAUUGCUGGUGCCUUCGAGCAGCCCGUGCGGGCUGUGCGGCUCCUGCUCGCUGGCUGCGGUGGGAAGGAGCAGCCAAUUAAAGGCGAGGGCUCGCAGUGCCCGCGCUGAGCUGUCAGCAGCCUCCUGUCCACUCUGCUCUCCAUCAGCUCAAACACGCUUGUCAGGCUGUUUUGUGCUCCGUGUGACGCAACAGUUGUGGACCUCCCCUGCUGACACUGAAUAGAUGGGAGAGAAGAAAGAAGCAGGCCAACCUCACUGUUUUUUCUCCUCCCCACCACCCCCCCGGCUUUUUUUUUAAUUUUCUUUACUGUUUUGUUGUUGUUUUUGUCCUCCUCUCUCCCUCCCACCCAUUCCCCCCCCUUCCCCAUGCACACACUCCUUGCUUUGCAGAUCAGCCUAGGAGGGCUCCCUGGCUUCUCCAGUGCACAGGUUGAGAUGGAAGAGAGCAUCUUUUAAAAUAUUGGUGAUGGGAUGAUGGGACCGGCCCAGGAAUCCUACUGCUGUGCUCUCCAUGGGAUGGGUCCUCCUGCACAAAUGUUGUGGGUGUAAAAGGAACCAAGAGAUGCUUAUCUUAAUUAUCAAGGGUGAAGGAGGUGGAUGGCAGAGAUUUUUUGAGGCUGGGCAUCUGUCAGGGGUGUGUUUGUGUGCUCUGCCCAAAGGCAAAGUUGCCUGUUCCUAGAAAGCCAUGACAGCUUUAAAAUAAAAUAACUAGAAGUCAAAGUUUCUCCAUGUUUGGGGCCUUGUAGCAGGAGGUGUUUUGGCUGUCAUGUUCCAGGACCUGCUUUUCGAAACAUUUCUAAAAUUUAGUGUUAAAGUAGUUGACCUUGUGGUGCUGCACUAGAAUAGUCAGAAUUAAAUGGGAUUUUAGGAGCACAGGAGCUUUCAAGCCCCAUGAAAUGUAAAUAGAAAUGACCUUUCUAUCAAACACACCCAGGACAGUGGUGUAAAAGUUGUGAAAGUGUCUUGCUAACCCCCUGCCUCUGGCUCUGCAGGACCCAGGCAAGGAAGGACACUGAUGCUCUGAUGUCUCCUUAUGGUCCCUCCCAGCCCUUGCCUGGAAAUCCAUGUGUCCAGCCCUGUCUGCUGGCACUGGAGAAGUGUGGCUGAAAUUUAGGAAGGGUGCAGGUAAGGGAGAGAACCUUCUAGAGCUGAGCAGUGAUCUAGACCCAAAUGAAAGCCCUGAUGGGUUGUACCCUCAGGCAACUGGAGAAGUGCUUGUGCACUGAGAAAGUCUCCUGGAGGCAGCUUGGGAAGCCAGGGUUGGUCGGUGCCUGCUGCAGAAUUGGCAUUUUCUUGCUGCUGGGCUGGCGGAGUGGUGUCACUGAGGCAGGUGGCCGAGUUUCCAGGUCCCAAGGUGGGCAGUGGGGUGGGCAGUGAGGUGCUGUGCCUUGGCACCACCGCAGCACCCGCGCCCCAGCCUUCUCCCUGCUACAAAACGUUAUGGGAACUUGGGAAAUGGGAACCACAGAGUGUAAUCUCUGCUUUAAAGAGGUGUUGUCUUUCUCUUUUAUCCCUCCUUGGCCUUUGAUUUUAAAACUAGCAGGGGAGUGUGAUUUUCCUGCCUGGCCAAUAGCACUGCCUGGAUCUGAAUUAUUCAGUGUAGCACUUGGCAUUCUGCACCCUGUUCCCACUUAAGCUCUUUUUCCCCUGUUCCUUCAUGUGGAGAUUUUCACAUCAGUGAAAUUGGAUGUGUUUAAGAGAGGUGUUUGUGGCCGAAGUAUUCACCAGUAUAAGCUCUACUCUUCCCCUUCCCUUUCCCCUCCAUUAACCAUUGAGGAUCAACUAAUGUCUAAUCUCUUCUCUUCAUUAUUACUUCAUUCUGAAAUAAUUUUGUAUCUCAUUAGUCAUUUGUUCCUUUAAGGUACAUUAGAAAAAUAUACAUCACUCCCCCCUGCCAGUCUUCUUUGUGAGGUUUCUUGCAGGCACUGAAGUCAGAGGGGCAAAGAAGUAAAUUAAAAAUGAAACACUCUGCCUGUGUUCUGCAGACCCAGCACAUUUUAUGCUUAGAUUUGAAUAUAACUGUUGGUCUUUUUCACCAGUUUCAUGUUCUUUUCUCUCUGUCAUCUUCCUCCUUUACUGCAAUAUAGAUUCAACUCAAACUGAAAGUUAAGAGCAGCAAUUGUCAGUGUACACUGUAAAAUAAUAAUAUGCUUCCCUCCAGCACACAAGUGCCUCUUAUUUUGUCAGUAUUUGAAUCUUCUACUCUGAUUAGGUUAUUGCAUGUGGCAUUGGUCCAUCAUGCUACUUAAGAAAAAAAAUCUGUUGCUGGUGUCCAGGUGCCUCAGAAAAAUACAGCUCCUCUUUUUGCAAAGUGCUGUUUGUGUAGAGAGAAGGUCCCUGCUCCAAAAACCCUGAGCAGGGAGGCCAAGAGAGAGAAAAUUCUGUCUGCAAGUGCUCCCUGCUGCAUCACAAAGUGGCUCAGCCAAGGUCACACCCAAUAUUUUGCACCUGUACUGGAAGAAUAAUCUGCAUGAAGAAAUGUUUCUGGCUGGGGUAAAAUUUGGCUUCAAUCUGAGUGUGCUCUGUCCACUUUAUGUGAUUUUUAAAUUUCUUUUCUUCUGAUGGCUGUGCUGGAGGUGGUUGCUGUAUUUUUAGUCUUGGAGAGAUCCUUUUCUCUCAGGCUGGGCUGCCUGCAAGCAGGGGCUGGCUCAUACAGGUGUGCAAAGAGAAAUGCAGAGGAAGGAGCAGCCUGGUGGUGCCUGGCUGGAGGAGGAUGUGAAUGACCAAUGUGAAUGAUGUGUUUCUCAUCAAUAAUUCCACCAUCUCCACCUUGGUGUGUCGUUUCACCACAGAUCAGUUUCGGACUUUGGGGGAGCUCUGCUCAGAGGAUUGCAGAGCAGGGGGAAGCCUGGGCCUGGAGCACCCUUUUUGCCUUCAUGAUGGAUUUGGGGUGUACUGAGGAGCUCAAAUAAACCUUUGAAAGUGUUUUCUAGAAGUGAAACUUGUAUCUCUGGAUGUUUAAUCUGGGAACAUAACAAUUUACCAGUUAUUCCCUGGUGGGAGUGACUUCUCUGAGAUCUUGAAGUCAGUGGCAGGGCAAGGACAUUGCUCCCCAUCCUCUUGGGUCCAUGGCUGGUGCUCUGACCACCUCAUUAUCCUUUCUUGUCCACCUGGAAUUAAAUUUGCUGGGGAAAAUAGAAUGUUCUGGUAAUUUUAUUAAACCAGACGUAUCAUUUUUGGUUUUUUUUCUCCUGUCUCAGUCUCAUAGUAAUGUGUAGUGUAUGAAUGCCUUUAAAUAAAGAGAAUAAAGCACACAAAAAGAUGCAGUGCUUUACAAUCUGAGCUCCAUUAAUUUUCACUGAAGUGGAUACUCAUGCAAAUUUAGAUGUGGAUUUUGAACUGGACUUUUUCUGUCUAAUAAGUACUUUUGUGUGACAAAGGGAGAAGAAAAAGGUGCUCCUGGGAGCAGAGGGGGUGAGUUAAUCCUCCUCCAGUAAAGCUGGAAAUGGAAUGUAUUGCUGUCAGUUUUAUAGAGAAAUAAACAAAACCUGGGGGAAAUAAAUGUGUGUCUGGCACUUUCUGGACCAACCCCAAAUCCCAGACCUGUGCUGAAUGAGUCCCAAACCACAGCAGCAAAGGCUGUCAUUUUAAAAAUUCCAUACUAGCUGACAAUGUAGGGUCUUAGGUGCUGUGACUGCUUCUGCAUUAAAAAAAAAAUAAUUUAUUUGUCUUAUUUAAAGCUUUUUCCCAUUAUAGAACUUGUUUUCUUAGUGGUAGCAGAACUUGAAAUUUUCUGUGUGGUGCCAGUAGUGCUAAUGCAAUGCUUCUUCCUAAUUUAUUUCUCUAAGGUGUGAGAUGAUAAGCCUUUGAGUGGAUGAGAGGGAUAAAGUUAGCUCCAUUUGUGCCUGAUCUAUCAAAUGGUCAAUCUAGGUCACUAACUGUUCUUUUCUUCGACAUUUAGCUAUUUUAAAAUGCCUUGUGUAAUGGGUGCAAACUCUAAAAUUUGGCUUUCAGGAAUAUUUUGCUUAUACAUAAUUUACCUCUGCUGGCUGCUUUGAAUUCCUGGGGAGGGAGGAAUGCAGCCAUGGGUCUGAAAUGAAGAAAUGUUCAAUCAAAACCCAUCUCCUUUUUGUGACUUUUUAAAAGUAUUUCAGAAAUUGAGAAUAUUGCAGCGUUUUUAAGCCCUUUGAGUGCUGUUCUUAUGUUUUGCAGUCUCUGCAUUGCUUCUGAGGGCUGGUGGCUGUUGCUGCAGUUUGGCUGAGCUGUCUGCAAACACCCCCCUCCAGUUGCUCUGUUUGCUACUGGUACUUUCCUCUUCUGGGAAAAGAGGGAAUUUGAGCUUUGCACAAGUGAUGUCCAGGCCUUUCUCUGAGGCAGCAAGCUGAGCUUUACAAUAAGAAAGUUGUGAGGAGGCUGGCACCGGUCUUGGAAGAGCCAGGGAGCUUUGUAGGCACUCAAAUGUGGGAAGGCAUUGGCUUUGCUUCAGACCUGUGCAUUGCCACAUGGAUUUCCAGGAGUCCCUCACUCAGCAGAGAGAAACUGCAGUUGAUUUGGGAUGCAGCUGCUCAGCAAAGUCCAGAUUUGUGGUUAUCCUGGUGGUAGCCUUGUUCUGACUCUUGGGACAACUGAGCCAUGGCAAUGUGACCUCCAGGCUCCCAGCUCUUUUCUUCCUCCGCGUCUUUAUGUUUUGGGGGUUUAUUUCCCCUCAGUAUGGCAGCUGCAACAGUGGCAUUUGUCUGGCCACUUUAGUUCCUGAGAGUAAUUAAUGGGUUAAGAAUGCUAAUUCCCCUGUAUAUUUGCAGGCUGAGAAAUUCAGUUGUCCUUGGGUUUUUGUGGUGAGAGUAUCCAGUUACAGCCCAGCAGCAGCUAUUGGGCAGCUCUUGGGUGCACAAAAGUUUGAACUCAUAAUCCUUUGCUUUCACAUGCAGGCACAGCUUAUCAGGCACUUUUAGUUUUAUAGGAAAGCUUCUGUUAAAGCACAUUCUCACACCUGGGAUAAGGCAUUUUUCCAAAUACCUAUUGCAGUUGUGCUGGAAAACACUCACCUGGCUGGCUCCUAAAAAGUGAGUUUUUGUGGUGGGCAACAGGCACUGCUGCUGACACACCUGGAACAGUUCCCUGCUAUGAAAUUCCUUUUUAUGUGAGGAGCCUGGGAUGCAGAUAAAGCUUAGCACAGCCUGAAGCAGCACAGCCUGAAGCAGGAUGGUGCUUUUUGAUGCUUGGUGCUGCCUUCCUGGGAUGCUGGCUCUGGCUGCUGCCAGCUGUGGUGUGGAAUUGAGUGCCCAGGUCUGGGGAGACUUCUGGAGCCAUGGCAUCACCAUCUCUGACUGGAAGCUCAGGUGGGGAUGUGCCCUGCCACUGAGCUGUCUCAUCCCUGCUCCUGGGCUUCCUUUGAAGUAUUUCAAACACAAAUGUUUUUAAAAAAACCCAAACCAAAACACAAAACCCAGCUUCCUUCCCCCAAAAAAGCAAACCUCUGAAAAAGCCAAAAAAAUCCCCCCAACAACCCAAAACUCAAGGAAAUUAAUGUUUUGAUCUACUCAAGGAAAUGAAUGUUUUGAUCUGAUUGCUGUUGUUUUACUGCCAUAGGCUCUUCCUCAAGUUCCUGGAACAUCUUUGUAAAGUAAAAUCAUGAAGCUGGGCCCUGUGCAAGGGCUCGGUAAUAGCAAGAAAUUCCUGUGUAGGUUUUAAUCACCUUUUACAGUGUUUGAAACAACACAGUGUCCCUCCAGUCCCAAUUUCCAGGCUUCUUUGGGUCUGUGAUAAAGACCAGCAAUGCCUGGUGGAGCCUUCUGAUGAGCACACUUGCUGUCCCUGGGCGUUUCCUCUCCUGGGCACAGCUUGGUGGCACAAAGCUCAUUCAGCCUGGAUUUUGCUGGGUGCUAAAAAGAAAAAAAGGAAAGGAAAAAACACCCAGCCACUGAAUAUGGUGUCCCCAGGGCUGCUGUCUCCUGAAGCCCUGACACUCUGCCUGUUCACAUUUGCUGGAGAUUGGCUGCCUGUGCCCAUUCCUGGAGGGUAUUUUAACAUUUAUAUUGUGCCUUAGAUAACUAUGGAAAUCUUUAACAGCUAAUUUUUAUUGCUGUAGAAAGUUUCCUCUAGAUACAUAGCUUCUGUUAUCAUCUAAUGGGACAGAGUUAGUGUUGCUAAAAGCAAACACGAGAAACUUUCUUUUUCUUUUUUUUUUUUUUUUUUUUUCCUCUUAAUUGGUAAUAGAAUUUCCUUUCCCAUGCAACCGUGUAGGGAUCGUCUGCUUAUUAUGUAGCAGCUAAAAGAAACCCUCCAAGGUAACUGUGAGCCUCAGAGGUAAAUGAGAUGCAAGUGUAUCUGUCUGGGUAACUGUGUCUGUAGGCUCCUUCUCAAUGAAUCCCUGGUGAAAGAAGAGACCCUGGGCGAGGGACGUGCCCUUCUCCUGCGCCCCAGAGUCGCCCCGUUGACGUCCCCAAAGCUUUUUGUGCAUGGAAAUGAUUUUGAACGAGCUAACGUGCACAGCUUUGAAGUGUGGUACGGCAAAAUAAAGUUGGCUAAAAAUAGGUCUGGAUAUGAAAGGCAGGCAAAAAGUGGGAGAGGGGGGAGCUGAGAGUCGUUUUACAGGCAUUGUUGAUAGGAUUUCAGGGUCCCGAGGAGGGAAGAUGAAUGUCUUUCUGUUGUAGUAACAGCUGCUCUCUGUCCAUCGGGAUCCAGUGUUUGCCUAUCCAACUCAUAAUAAUUAAACAAAAGAGUUAUUUCAUCGCAGCCUUGGAGGAGGAUUUAUGUUGGAAUUUUAUCUUUUUCGAUUUCUACUUUUCUUCGUCUGAUUCAGAAAAAAACAUAAAGUUAACCUCUCACCUGGGCUGGGGCUCAGCCCUCAUCAGAUCUGUUUCGGCUGAGGGGAAGCUCUCUGGUGACUGAGCCAUUCAGAGCUAUAUAUUAAUUAAACAAACCAAACAGAAAAAAAAUUAAAUCAUGAAGCUUCUUUAAUGCACUUGUUCUGUGUCAGCUUUCCAGGGCUUUUGUGUCCUGAAUGUGUGAUUCAGGUGUUAGUAGCCCCCUGUUAUGGCCACCCAAUGCAAUAUGCAGAUUUCUUUUCUUCUUUCCUUUUACUUUUAGUGAUUUCCACUCCACUUUGCAUCCCGAGGGCUAGGAGGUCUCUUGUCUCAGAGAAGAGACACAAAGAAGUCUCAGAUGCAAAGUGUAGCAGCACUUUGGGAAUGGAUCUGCACUUUGGGAAUGGAUCAGCACUUUGGGAAUGGAUCAGCACUUUGGGAAUGGAUCUGUACUUUGGGAAUGGAUCUACUUUGUGGGGCUUUAUUCUGAUGCAGUUAACUCUGCAAAACCCCUUGGUGUGGGUCAGUCCUGGGGCAGAGAGGUCCAGAGUGAGGCAAAGCUUCCUUACUCGGUACCUUCUCAUGUAUUCAGCCACAAGUUUUAACACAAUUUGGGGUAGCAGCCUCCUCUUUGCAGAACUCUCCCCCCAUGUUGGGUCACCUGCCCUCGGGGAGGGUUUCCAGAAGGCUGCACCUGGAAAUUGCUGCUUUGUCACUUCUUUUCAUCACAGUGGCACAGCUUUUUUAAAAGGCUUGCUGAAGCUACCAUUCCUUGAAGAUCACAGGCUAGAAUUUAUCCACUGCUGAAGCACCACAAUCAGCUCCCUGACGUCCAGGGCUCCUAUCACAGGAUCCUUUCCCAGGUUUUAAUGGAAUCUAAGCCUCCAUGUAGCUGCCUUUUGAACCCUGUCUGUUAAUUUAAUACCAUUUACCCCUCUCCAAAGGAGAGUAGGCCCAGUUGGAUGGUAAGGUUAAAACCUGAGCUGUGCUAUGUUUAUAUUAAUAAUUUCUACUGGUGAAAUAUGGAUCUGAGACUUUGCUCAUUCAUUUAAACCUCAUAGUUAAUAGGCAAUAGUGGAAAUAUACCAUGUGCAUGAUUAUUGCAGUGACCUGAUUUCACGUGUGCUUCUUAUCUGACUUCUGAUAAAAAAAAUAUAAAAAGAAAAAAAGAGUUAUAUAUAAAAUUGAUUUUGGGAGCCCUGUGAAGGAGAAGGAAACCACUUAUUUCAACCCCCAAAUUCCUCUGAGCUGUAGAAACAUUGUCAAAGUAAUUGUAGCCUUUUCCAUUUUUUUUCUGCAUAGAUUUCUUUCUGUGUAGUCUCGGAAAAACUGUGCUCUGUUGAUGGAUGUCACUGUUUUUUUACUUGUGACAAAUAUCUCCCUAGGUAUUGUUUGAGUGAUGUAGAAUUGGUUCAUGUGUAAAAUUCUAGCUUUUCAUGAAUACUUUAUCAUGAAUAUGUGCAUGCCAGGUUUUUCUGGAUUAAGGUGUUAUACCUUUAGAGGUUUGCUGUGGGAUAUCAUCUUAAUAAUUUUUACUGUAAUUUAAUCAUCUUAAUUAAAACUGCAUUGAAUUGUGGAAAGUAAUUUGGGUCUGGAGACCAGUGGGGUUCGUAUUUGUAUUUUGGGUUUUUUUUGUCUUGUUAGAUGAUGGUUACAGUCUUGGCAAGUUUCUGCUAAAAAUUAGCAGUGUAUAAAAACUCAUGUUGCCAAGUUAGUCCAGUAUUUCUCCAGCUAAUUGUGGCCUUGAAGGGUAUAAUAUAAAAGGUCAUCUUUGUUAGUGAACUGCAGGCUUCUCCUGUGAGACAGAAAUCCAUGUCCUUAUCAAGGAUGAAAUCUUGGCUCCUUGGUUACACAAUUGAGCUUUGCUAUAAUUUGGACAUCAUUAGGCUCUUUAUUAAAGCAGAGGAACACUCUAAUCAAUCUUGGUGCUUUCUUUUCUUAAAUGUACUUCUGUUUCUGCAUUUGUGUUAUGGCUUCCCUUUCUUUUCCUGCUCCGUGAACCCCAUGAAGGAAAAGGGUCUGGAAAAUGACACGGGAUGAAAAGUUGCUGGUUUCCUCUUGUAGGGUGUUUCUUUCCCAGAAAGCUGCUGAUUGUUGCAAGGGUUAUGAGAGCAGGAUGUUCAACCUCCUCAUCUUGUGUUGAGACGUGUGAGGAGAUAUUCUGGAAAGAGCAAUCACUCAGUUUGGUUUGUGCUCCUAAACAAUAAAAAAAAACCAAACCCAUAAGACUCCACAAAACCAAAAUUUAUUAGUGGUUGGCAUUACUUUUGCUUUAAACACAAACAAAAGGGGUUUAAUUGUUUUUUUUGGUGGGAAAAAAAAGCCUUCUAGCCAAGCCAGAUUUAUUUCUGUGGCACACGGUCAUGGGGCAGAACUGUAGGGGAAAGAAAGAGGUUUGUAUUGUGCUUUUAUCCCUUUUUUGUGUUCUGGGAUUUGUUUUCAUUGGGAUGUUGGGACGUAUUUUUGUGGCUCUGACUUGUGCAUUGUAAAACAUAGCCAACGCUUGCCAUUUCUUUGUUUGACUGCUGUUUCUUUAACCAGCAGAUAUUUUUCUAGUUGGAUAGAUAAAUGGAUCUUUCCCAUUUUCUGGCAGUUAGAUCUGACUUUGCACAGCUACAAUAGCUAGAUUUGUGCUUCAGCAGAGCUUCCUUCUCAAGGGUUGGGGGAGUCUAGAAUUUGGUGGCUUCCAUCACCUCUGUUUGGAUGGAUGAUGUGACAAACACUGUGUAGUUUUGCAGUCAGUCCGUGUGUGUGCUGUGGCUCUGCUCAGAAAACUCAUUACACCUUUAAAAACAAGCAAAAACUGGAAAAAGAGACUGUGUUGUGCUGGCAGAUGGAGAAAGCUCUAUCCAGGGACUUUGGUAUCUAGCAACUCCUAUUCAGGAGUCCUACUUUCCCCUGAAUCUGCUUACAGGGGCUCCCAGCCUCACGCUGCUCGCUGUGUGAUGCAUGCUGAGGUGCUGAGUGGCAUCAGGAAUGGGCUGUGCACCACCUCAUUUACAGCCCCCUGGAUGGUACUUCCCCAGUUCCUGCCUAAUGGAUCCACGUGCACUUCAGGAGCUCUCCCCUGGACUCCCUGGGCCAGGCCACGGGGAGGCUGAGACAAGGGAGUGCAUCUACUACAAUGCCAACUGGGAGCUGGAGAAGACCAACCAGAGCGGCGUGGAGCGCUGCGAGGGGGAGAAGGACAAGCGGCUCCACUGCUACGCCUCCUGGAGAAACAACUCGGGCUCCAUUGAGCUGGUGAAGAAAGGCUGCUGGUUAGAUGACUUCAACUGCUAUGACAGGCAGGAGUGUGUAGCCACAGAAGAAAACCCUCAGGUGUUUUUCUGCUGCUGCGAGGGCAACUAUUGCAAUGAGAAAUUUACCCACUUGCCUGAAGUCACCGGCCCAGAAGUCAUAUACGAGCCGCCGCCGCCAACGCCCUCCCUGCUCAACAUCCUGGUGUACUCCCUGCUGCCCAUCGCCGUGCUGUCCAUGGCCAUCCUGCUGGCCUUCUGGAUGUACCGGCACCGCAAGCCUCCCUACGGCCACGUGGACAUCAUUGAGGAUCCUGGCCCACCACCCCCUUCUCCCCUGGUUGGCCUAAAGCCCCUGCAGCUCUUGGAGAUCAAGGCAAGGGGACGCUUUGGCUGCGUGUGGAAGGCUCAGCUGAUGAAUGACUAUGUAGCAGUGAAAAUCUUCCCUAUUCAGGAUAAGCAAUCUUGGCAGAGUGAGAGGGAGAUUUUCAACACUCCUGGCAUGAAGCAUGAAAACCUUUUGCAAUUUAUCGCAGCAGAGAAAAGGGGGACAAACCUGGAGACAGAGCUCUGGCUGAUCACAGCUUUCCACGACAAGGGUUCUCUGACAGAUUACCUGAAGGGCAACAUUAUCAGCUGGAAUGAGCUCUGCCAUGUUGCAGAAACAAUGGCCCGUGGCUUGUCCUACCUUCACGAAGACGUCCCCUGGUGCAAAGGUGAAGGACACAAACCUGCCAUAGCACACAGGGACUUCAAGAGUAAAAAUGUCUUGCUGAAGAAUGACUUGACAGCUGUGCUAGCUGAUUUUGGACUGGCUGUACGGUUUGAACCUGGAAAACCUCCAGGGGACACUCAUGGACAGGUGGGAACAAGGAGGUACAUGGCUCCUGAAGUGUUGGAGGGAGCAAUCAACUUCCAACGAGACGCCUUCCUGAGAAUAGACAUGUAUGCAAUGGGACUGGUGUUGUGGGAGCUAGUCUCCAGAUGUAGAGCAGUUGAUGGUCCAGUGGAUGAAUACAUGCUGCCUUUUGAAGAAGAAAUAGGUCAGCACCCAUCCCUGGAGGACCUGCAAGAAGUGGUGGUUCACAAGAAGAUGCGCCCCGUGUUCAAGGAUCACUGGCUAAAACAUCCCGGCCUGGCGCAGCUCUGCGUGACCAUCGAAGAGUGCUGGGACCACGACGCGGAGGCGCGGCUCUCGGCCGGCUGCGUCGAGGAGCGCAUCGCGCAGAUCCGCAAAUCCGUCAACGGCACUACCUCGGACUGCCUCGUCUCCAUCGUGACGUCCGUCACCAACGUGGACUUGCCACCCAAAGAGUCUAGUAUCUGAGUCCUGGCUCCUGGUUCGCUCUUGUCUUUCCAGACUCAGUGGAUUUAAAACAAACAAACAAAAAAAACCGACAAGGAAAAGAGUUUAAAGAAAAAAAAAAGUACAAAAAAAAAACAAAAUCACAAAAAUUCAACAAACCCAUGAAUGCAGCUGCUAUUUUAUCUUGACUUUUUAUUAUUAUUGUUAUUAUUAUUAUUAUUAUUUUUUUGGAUUGGAUCAAUUUUACCAGCACAUUGCUCUACUGUAUUAAAAAAAAUGGACAUUUCAGCAAGCAUUCAGGUGCCGACUAAUGAAUGCAGAAAAGGUGCAGGUACCUCAGAACCUCAACAAACUCACUUCAGUUGUUUUUAUUUUAUUCAGUUUUCUGGGUUUCUCUUUAUCAGUUUGUCUUCUGAGCGGAGCAUCUGUGACAUAAAGCUUAUGUGACAUAAAGGAAAACCACCUACCACCUUCGAAAACGCAAUGCUGCAAACUGUGGAGGAAACUUAAGACUGUUAUGUAAAGAAUAUACCUUCCUCAAAAGCAUUUUUUCCCCAUGUUGGUUUUGGGUUCAGUUCCUUUUUUAUUUUUUUAAAUUUUUUUUGGAAGUGAGCUUCAGAAAAAAACAGCAGAUGUGUCUUUUACGGAUCUAACGGGUGUCAUUGUAACAUGGGAAAAAAAAGUAACUGGGCAGAGAAUGUUAAUUCUUGAUGGUAUAAUUGAAGGGGGGAGCGUAGAAUAGGGGUGGGGAGAGUGACGUUGGACUUGGCAGCAUUUGGGGAAACAUCAUUUGCUAUGGAGCUACUUCUCAGGUAACCAUUAGAGGAGGGGAAGGACAUUUCUGGGCAGAGUAUUUACGGCUGCAGCGUAUGGAGAAAGCGGAGUUAAAGAGGCAGUGGUUGGAAGGCAGGCUUGCGUUCUUCCUCCAGAGUCUGGGGUUGGGCAAUAAAAGAACAAAGCAGGACUAUAACUUUUAUUUUUCAAUUCCAGGUAGGAAGGAUGCUUUCAAUGUCAUCAGGACAGGUGGGGAAGUGUGAUUUCAGAAGCACUUUGGUAAAACACUGGAAGAUGAGAAAAUUUUUGCAUCUCAUUUUAAGUGUGAGUCAGCUGAGAAAAUUUGGCCUUGGGUUGAUUAUCUCUCAGCCCAAGCUAACGGUGCAGAUGGUGGAAAGAGGAAAAGGGUGAAAAAUGGUUAUAUAAUUUUUUUUCUUUAUUAAUUUGGGACUGGGGGAGGGAAUGGAGGCAGCUGGCUCCUGUAGCAUCUGAGAAGCCUGAGAGCUGCCUGGCUGCAGGGAGCUGAGGCGGCUCAGCAGCAGCAGUGAUACCCACAGCACCUCUCCCACUGGUUUCUUUGACGCUGCUUUCUCCUUACUCUGUGAUGAAACUCUUUUGUCUUAAAGUGGUGCAUAUUCGAAAAUACCGUUACUCUUAUUAUGCCAUAAACUCGCUCUAGUCAGUGAAUGUUCCUAAUGCUGCUGAUUCAACAUUGAAAUAUUUUUUUAAUUUGCAAAACAUGCAAUGUUUAAAAAAAGAAAAAACUUAAAAAAAAAAACCAAACACAAAACAUACACACACACACGUUACGUGGCUUCCGAGGUUUAAACUGAAAAAAAAUUAAAAACUUCAUGACCACAGACCACCUCAAACCAGAAAUACCUCAGAAUUUUCUACUUGUAUGAGUUUUAUUAUAUAUUUUGUUAGUUGUGUUGUCUUGUAGUAAGUAUAUUUUAAUGUAAGUUGGCUUUUAUGACAAGGGAGUUUUAAAAAAAUUAAAAAAAGAAAAAAAGUUCCAAAAUCUUUUAGGAAGUGCUACCAUUUUUUUGUUGUUUUGUUUAAUAAAGCACCAUUGUAAAUAACUGUAUACAGUUGUGGAAUAACUGCCUAUAUAAGGUACCUGGGCAUUAUUCACUCUUAUUUGUGAAGGCUGUUUCCAUUCUGUGUUGUUUUGUUUCUUUUUUUUGGUCUGUUUUAGUGAAAGGACAGUACAUCAUUUUUUUUUCCUUUUCCUUUUUCUUUUUAUUUCUUUUUAAAUUUUUUCUUUUUUUUUUUCUUUUUUUUUUUUACUUUGACUAUAACAUGAAUUCUGUGUCUUGCUAGACUGACAAAGUUAUGUCCAUUGGAUGGCCAGAUCUUCUAAAUUUUUCUUUGUGUUAAGCCAAAAUGCAGUCCUAAACUAAUCACCCUGUAAUGGAAAUGUAAAAAGUCUGUAUUAUAUAUAAAUGAAUUGGACUUCUCUCCACUGCCAAAUUAUCAGUGUGCACUCUUGCACAGACAUAAUUUAUUAAGCAAACGAAACUGCUAAUUGGAGAAAAUAUUAAAAAAAAAUUGAAAUAUAUUUCUUGAAAAGUAUAGCUUUAAAACCUAGAGGUCACAAAUGAGGACAUGGUCCUUUAUCUUGAAGAGACGUUAAGAGAAUUGCCUUAAUUUGUCUAUCUGAAUAAAGUCUUAACCUAUUCUUUCAAGUUACUGAAUGUAUAUUGCAUAUUAGUAUGUACACACAUGUAACUGUGUUUCCGUGUGUAGGUUUGAAAGUUUCUGUUCCUUGAUGUGCUUCUGUUGAGAAAACCUUGACAAAACCAGACAGAAUGAUACCGUUUUGACCCAGCCAAUGUCCCUGGUGGCCAUUGGCACCCUUGGGCCUGAUGCUGCAACAUACCUAUGCUUAGCAUUGAGGGUGUAGGUAGCUCUUCUGGUGUCAUGACAUUAGGCACUCACUUAAUGUUAAGUGUGGUUGUAAAUGUUUGCAGGAUCAGUAUUUUUCAUGUUUAAUACAUUUCUGCACUGAGAUUUAUAUGAAAAUGUGACUAUGUCUUAGAAGUGAAGUGAUGUAAGGGUUGGGGUGGAGCGUAGAGCAGUUAAGACUGAGUGAAUACUUGUUUCAAGGUGGGCUUGCUCCCUUUCCCCAGGGAAUGGGAGCCAGUUCCUCUUGCUGCAGAAAGAAAAAAGCUGUACUGUCUUUUAACUGUUAAUAUCUGUUUGCUCUUCUGGAUUUUUUCCUUCAGCAUUACGUAUUAUAGCUAAAACAGGCUCAUUACAGCAGUUGCUUUUUUAUCCUGAUUUCUUUACGAAGCUUUAAAGUAUUUAUUGAAAGUGCCAUAUUAUUUUAAUAGCCUAUUAAACAGUGUCUGAAAUCUUCUCUUUUGAGAAAGCAUAAACACAAAUUCUCACAUGUAGCUUAUCUUACUGCGGGGAACUGCACGACCGUACAAACCUUGACCGAAUGUUGAUUGUAAAGUGUUACAUCUUCCUGGUGUAAUGGUUCCUUAUAGAUCAUCUUGUCAGCAGGAUUCAGAAACUGAUUGGAAAAAGAAUUUCCAAAUUGGGUGUGUGCUGGGUAACAAGUUUUAUGUGUAUGUAGGUACGUGUGUCUUGCUAUUGCAGCAUAGAAGGAAAUCCUGAACUUUUAAUGUGUACCGAUUUGGAAAAGGUGUUUUGUAAACUGGUAUUUAUUUAUUUUAUUAACAAAGACAAGCUCUGAUUAACUUGUUGGUCUUUCAAUAGCUGAGCUGUUAAGCAAGUAAUUUCCUCACCUCUAAUCCAUUUGAACUCAUUGACAACAUGAUUUUGGUUCUGUUUGAUACUGCAGAAGCUUUUUCCAAGUCAGGAAUUGGGCACAUCCAUAGGUGUAGCUGUCAUAAGCAACUGCAGCUCUUUUCCUUUUAACACUCCCUUGAAUAAGACAGUGACAACACCUCUUAUGUUACUUCCCAAGUGCUGAAUUUUACUUCCCAUUCAGACUUAGAGGAAGCAGCUCUUCAAAAAUUUGGCUGCAGAAUUUUAUCGGUCACCUUCCUCCCUCACAUGGAAGUUCUUAGGUGACUAUUAACACUGAAUAUCCUGAGUAAAAAUUCUUGACUUUAGGAGCCAGGAUUCCCCAUCUCUCUGGUGGAACUCCCUUUUAUGAAUUUAUUUCACUGGCUGGGCUGGUUUCCUAGGUGAAGAAAAUUUGACUCCACAUUUUUCAACUGGAAAUACCAGAGGAACUAAAACUGGGGUGGUUUUUUUGAGGUAGUAGAACUGUGACUUGCUGAUGAAAUUGCAUUAAUACAGCAAGGCUGGAAAUUGUAUAUUGCUUAUAUUGAAAUAUACAUGCAUUUUAUAAGAGAUGGCUAUAAACCAGUCUAACCAUCAGUUAAGUAGUACCUGGCCUAUUCAUUAUGAUUAAAGAUUUUAGCUGGUCCGGAUCUUUAAGAAGUCUCUAUUUAAGACAAAAGUAACCCACUUUUUAUUCUGCUGAAAUUCUCUUACAGAAUAUCUUUAUGUGCUAGACAGUUACACCUAUGUAAGUGCAGAGGUCUUUGUUUUGAAGAGAAGGUCUGUGAGUGCCCCCCAGUAACUCCCCUGUGUUUUCCUUGGGUCUCCUGACUCCCUGCUGUUCCCGCUUGAAGUCAGUGGUUUCAGUGGAAGCAGACAUUUCCAGGCUGGCUGGGUCAGGCCUGGCUGUUGGGAAUCCUGAUCCCCCUUAACAUCGCAGCACUGAAACAUUUUAUUCCUCUUGUACAACCUUCCAGGCAGAGCUUGCCCUGUUUUGCACGGAAAAGGUUUGGUUUCACUUAGCAUGGAAGGAACUCGCACUGCAGAGGAAGGUGCUGGGUGAUAAGGUGUGACAGUGCUGUUGUUGCAGUCCUCUUCAAGCCACACUCUGCUUGGGAAGUUGCUAAGCAGGAAGUGUCCCACAAGCUUUUGUCACUUUUACAUACAGGAUAUUGUUUGGUAACAUUGUAAAUAAAAUAGACUAUAUAAUAGAGGAAAAUAAGGACAUUUUGACUUUUUUACUUUUGGAAAUAUAUAUAUAUAUAUAUUUUAGUUACAUAUACAAACAAAAAUUCUACAUUGUGUGAGAAUUCUUUUAUACCACAAAUUAUUUUUGUAAUGUCUAAUAUGUUUCUGCAGGGAAAAGGGAGAAAGGUCUGUGUAUGCACAGCAAAUAAAUAAAGAAAUAUAUAUAUAAUGUUUAAAUUAAGUGUGCACUACAUCAAAGUCUAGAAGAUAGAACAAGUGUAGCCUGAAAACAGUUUGAGGAGCAAGUUUGGAUGUACUUGGACAUGCUUUGAGGAUGGCACUGAGUAUAUGUUUAGGUUAUCUUGCAUGUCACAUCCCUUCUGCAAAGAUGCUCAUUGCUUUUCUGUGGCCAUCUUCAGUUAACCCAGGAGGAGUUUUUUCCCGUGUUCAUGCGAGUAGCCACGUGUGGGCAGAGUGUCUUUUGGCAUAUGCUGUGGUGCUGCAGUGAGUUGUGAAGUCAGGGUGGUAAGAAUUUACCGAGGCCAAACAGCCGGGCUGAUCUCGCUCGCUGCCGUAUCCGCUCACGGCAGCUGUGUCUGCUGCACUGACAAUAUGAUCUGUAAGGAGCUGCUGCCAGUGGAAUCCUGAUAAAACCAGUUCCUAGAAAUUCCUUCUCUCUGAAGUGGCACAACUAAUCAGGCUUCACCAGAGCACACAGCUAUGUGCUCUGCGUUCCCAAAAUCAGAUUUAAUAGUCUGUGUUGGAGGCAUUAAAGAAAAGGAGCGCUGUCAUGUCCAAGGUCCUACUAAGAGAAAGAGCUUCCCAAAUCUGUGUAAGCAAUCCAAGGUAUUCUACAACUAUUAAAGAAAAGAAAGGGGGAAGCCAGGGGGGUGUAACCUAAUUUUCCUUUGGACUUAAAAUUCACUCCAGUCUUUUUAGUCCUCUCAGCCACGAUAGCACAGUGGGUGAGAGGUACUGAAAAAAGCUUUAAACCAAACAACACAUGGCACUGCCUUGGAGCUGGUUUGACAGUGUGCCUUUUGCCAUUAGUGCUCACUAAUUCAAGCCGACUCCUGCAAUUGCUCAGUCCCUCAGCUGUGUUCUGGUGAAGUCCUAGCCCUGUGGAAACCAGGAGGAGGGUUUCCAUCCAACCCUGUGUGACCACGAGUGUGUGUGUGUGUGUGUUCCUGGAACACUUUCUAAGCACACCUGGUCCCUUAUUUACAUGGGACUUCCUUUUCCAUGACUUGUUUUAGGGUGAUGCUCAGUUCCCUGACUGAAGUAGUAGCCUAUGGAAUAAGCAGCAAUGCUUUUUGUCAGGACACUUCCACAGAAAGAGAUCAUACUUGUGUUAUGUCCAUCCGGCUGUUCUGACAUGUAAUGCUAUUCUGUUGUGCCUUUAUUUUUCCAUGUAAAAGCAACUGCUGUAAGCUUUCUUUUUCUUUUACUAGUUUAUUUUUUUUAUCUCUGUCUGAAAAAAAAACACUUUUCAUUGCCCAGCUGUCAUUUCUGGAUGCAGUCUGUGAUCCAAGUAUUUCAAGAACCAAUUACCUCAAACCUCAUGUUAAACAGUGUUGCUAUCUGGAUUCUCCUUGAUACUACAAUAUUGUAACAUACACAAACAGGAACCUUGCUCUAUGUGGGUGUUUAUAUAUAUGUAUCAUAUACAUAUAUACAUGUGUAUAUAUGAUAUAUAUAUGUAAAUGGAAAGUGAUCCCCAAGGACUGAAGGAAAAAAGCAAAACUUAUUUUGUAUUCCAACAUUGAAACCAAAAGGGCUUUUCUGAAGCUCUAUAAUGGCAUUGUGCUGGAUAUCUACAAAGAAAAAGUGUUUUCUGAAAAGUGCUUCCUUUAUUAGCCUUUUAUUUCAGUAUUUUGAUGGGGCAGAUGAUGUGAAUAAAAUACUACUUCUGCAUUUUUGGCCCAUUUUGAAGCAGAAGCCUCUUAGUCUUUCCAGUUGUUAAAAUAAACAAAAACUCAGUUUAUAACAUUCCAAUAAGGUUGGUAUUGCAAAACUCAGACAUGUUCUAGGAAAAUUCCAUAGCUUCUGGUUUUGUGACAAGGAAGGCCAUACUUCAUUCAAUUUUCCAGUGUUUUGAGGAACUGAAGUUUAACCAGUAACCAUCCUAGUCAAUUAAAAUCCUAAUUCAGUAGUCACUGGCAUCUCUGCAUUGCCACAUUUGUUAAAACAGCAAAAUAAACUCCAAAAUAAAAAACAAUUGAAACCAAAAAUCCAGCCGUGACAGAGGAGGAGGAGAUUGGAGCAUCUCAUGGCUUUGGAAAGUGGGUUUAGCAACUUUGUGGAUAACAAAAAAUAUGUUGGCAAGGCCUAGAACCUGUCUGGCCCUUUCCUUUUCCAAAUACCUACUCCCAAGAACCAACUCGUAAAAUCAGACCUUCAACUACAGCAACUUCUUAAUGGUACUUUGCUGAAGAGAAUUAUGUUCAGGCUAUGUUUUUGGGGGAAAAAUAAAAGUGGGACCAUUUUUAAAAUUACCAUUUUAUUUUAUGUGUUGCCCUCCCAAAUGUCUGUUUGGUUUUUUUUUAAAAUGUAUCCAUGUAGUUGAUACAACAUUAGUUUGUAUUUUACUUGGACAUCAUAGUAGCUUUCCUGUAGCUUUCCAAAUUCUAAUGAAUUUAUCAUUACCAGUAAUUCAUUUAAUUACUGGUAAUGAAUGGAUAGUAAUUAAUUUACUGUUACUAAAGGAAGAGAACAUGAUAUUUCCCUAUUUUUUUCUUGACUGCCUAAUGUUUCUAUGGCUAUUGAUGGUUGAUGAUUAUUAUCUCUGGUAAAUCAAAGUACUAAAAUCUCCCAGGAGGAGGUAUUUUGCAAUGCUGCUGGCCUUCCAAUGGAAUAACUAUGAUGCAAAAAUCAAUCUCGUAGUGGGUGAGGAUGGAAGGAGGUGGUUACUGCAAACUAAGUAACAUUUUUGGCCUCAAUUCUAUGCCAUAAGCCUGCACAAUGCCAUUGUCAAUCUGUUCAAACUAUCUGCUUAUGAAUUCUGCAUGAUCCUCAUGAUAGAGUUGAAAGCCUGAUCUUUCACCUGUUAAUAUUUUCACAUUUGUCCUUAAGUUUGACAAAUUUUGUACUGUAAAGUUGACUUAAGUACAGUUUGAUGUCGAUUCUUGUGGAAAGAGCUUUCUGCAUGUAACAUUAGAUGCAUACAGUUAAACAACACAGCAUAGUACAAAAACUCACAAGAAAAUGUUUUGGCACCAGCAGGAAGAAAUCUCACCCUAACCAUUUUGUCAUUUUAUAACCGUCCUAUUGUAAGUUUUACCAGCUACUUCAAAAUUUGUGCUUUAUUUAAAGAAAUAAAAUAAAAUCCUAAGACUUGUCUAGCGUAGUGGAAUAUGUGUAUAUCAGUUUUAGGAUAAAUAGCUAAGUCUUAUUACGCUGUGUUACUUAACUUGUAUAUAUAGAGUAUACAUAAGAGUUUGCAGUAACCUGUUUCUCCAGGAUUUCCAGUUGGAAUGGAUUUAAACUCAAACUAUGAGAUUAAAUGAUUUAGAAGAUUGCAGAAUAGACUGAGUGUAAAUUACAGGAAGCUCUAUCAGAUGGUGAAAUAAUUUUUAAAGAGUCUUUUGGUCCUUGGCUCAAAUUCACUAAGUACUGUUUGUAUACCAAGAUAUGUGAAAUGUAAAUGUUGUAGGUUAUAUUUCACUCUUGUAGCUAUAAAAAUGUAGAACAGAGAUAGCUUGUACUACUGAGUUAACAAAAGUUAUACUAAAGUAUCCUGUUAAAGAAAAAAAGUAUAGAGAGUUAAGCUCGUUGCUGUAACCCCUUUUGGAUUGAAGUGUGCUGAUUUUCAUAUAGGUACAUUUUAUAUAUAUAUAUAUUCUGCAGAAGUAUACAUAUAUAAAAUGUAUGUAUAAAAUGGCCUAAUGCAGACAUCCAUUGUAUUGCAGUUAUGAAAUGAAGACAUUUUGGAAAGAACAUUGUAUCAUAGUUCAUGAAUUUGCAGUGGAUCUUUGUUCCUUUUUACUGUGGUAUUUUAGAAAGAGUCUCAAGUUUGAAAUUAGAUCUGCCAAGUUGGAGUUUUGCUGCUUCAGCUUUGCACUGGUGUCCGAAUAAACCAGUAUGAAUGUAGUAUUUGCCCUGUGUGAAGCAGCUACACCCCAACAGAUAGGAGGAAAAAAACCUAGAAAGAACUAUUUCAAGUUUAUCUUUUUGUAUAUGAAAAUAAACAGUAAAUUACAAAUAA